AUGCCCUCUACAGUGUCAACCGUUGUGGUAGGUUUAUGCCUGCUCAUAGUCCUACCAAGCAUCUCCCACGUGACACAGAAAUCUCAGCAAGGCACGACAAGAGCUCCUUCCUCUGGCAACGCAGGUCAGCAAAACAUCCAGGCCAAUGGGGGAUCCUCAGGGGGGACGUCACAGACUGGGGGAUCCUCAGGGGGGACGUCACAGACUGGGGGUUCCUUAGGUAUGGGUCCAAUGGCAAUGCUCAAUUUUGGCAACAACGGGAAUAACUUUGAUCCGAGUCACAGUGGCCCUUCACCGAAUCAAGGCAGCGGAGGGCCGGCCAAUCCCAACAAUGCGAAUCCCUUUGAUCCUAGCCGCAUGGGUCCUCCUCCGAAUCAAGGAGGUGGGGGUCCUGCCAACCCCAACAACGUGGACCCAUCCAACCCUCUACACCAUUUGACCGCAUCUACUAAAAGGCCGACCCCUGCACCCACCAUUACCACUACAACCACGACCAUCACAACCACUGUGUCGUCCACGCCGCCGUUUCCCUUCACUUUUCCGCCAAUACUCCCCUUCAGCAGCAGUUUUCCACCAAUAGCCCCAAGCCUUAGACCGUCGGCCGGUGCAUCCUCCACACGAGCCCCAGUUACUUCACACCCCCCUACGAUGGCCACAAGUGGCCCAACGUCAUAUCCACUACCACCAGCAGCAGCAUCGACUCUAAAAGUCACGUCAGCCCCAGGCUCAUUUGCUUCGUUACCUAACUCUGGGUUGACUGCCCAGACUCCACCUUUCGGAUUUGCCUCAUCGUCUACGAACAGCCCUUCAUCCCGACAAACGGCACCGGUGACGACGGUCACCCCAAUCACUACCACUACCAUCACCACCUCCACCAGUAGCGUCCCAAGCACAACCAGUGUCAAGGUAUCCACCGCAAAAAUUGCUAAUUCAGUAGCCUCUUUAGCGUCAACAACCCUAGGCGCCCUUUUGAUUUCUAGCACUUCUUCUACAACUGGUGGUGUGCCAUUCCUAUGUCCGGGGCUCUUUAACUGUGCCCUCACUUGUACAGCAGGGUAUAUCAACGACAACCAGGGUUGCCCACUAUGCCUCUGCGCUCAAGUACCAACUAAUAUUCCUUGAAUUUUUUUUCGAACUUUUUAAAAUCGAUUGCCAAAGAUUAAACGUUCUAAAGUUUUUCGUUCUCCUAGUUCUUUUGAAGUUAAAAUAAAACUCAGUGUUUAAAUGAAUUUGGCAAAAUUAAAGUUUGAAGAAACAAUG